AUGUCGGAUCUUACAAUACCAUUUCUAUUUCAAAAAUCGAUUGCACUUAGUUCAUAUCGUGAUCGGCGGUUUAUAGGAAGUGAAGGAGAUCAAGAUCAAAAACUAUUAGCAAGUACAACACUUUAUAUAGGUAAUUUAUCAUUUUUUACAACUGAAGAACAAAUCCAUGAAUUAUUUUCACGUGCUGGUGAUGUCAAACGAAUUAUUAUGGGUUUGGAUAAAAUAGCAAAAACACCAUGUGGAUUUUGUUUUGUCGAAUAUUAUACAAGACUAGAUGCUGAACAAGCUAUGAGAUAUAUAAAUCAAACACGUCUUGAUGAUAGAAUUAUACGAACAGAUUGGGAUGCUGGUUUUGUUGAUGGACGCCAAUUUGGUCGAGGACGAAAUGGUGGACAAGUACGUGAUGAAUACCGUAAAGAUUAUGAUCCAGGCCGUGGUGGAUUCAGUAAACGAAUUAAUCCAGCGUUGGAAAUGGAAAAAGUCGUUUAG